UACAUAUACAGAGAGAGAGAGAGAGAGAGAGAGAGAGAGAAAUAAAAAUUGCGAUAAAAAUAGUUUUUGUUUUUUUAAUUGUUUUUAUUGUCUCGUCUUCUGACUUCAGUAUUUGCAUCAUCACCAGUGGAUCAGCUCUCUUAUAAUAACAAGUAAUACUUGCCUAUUGAUCUCGUGUGUGUGAUAUGGUCGCCACCAACAGCAUUGUUGGCCACAGAGGAAGCCGCGAUUCACGGGACGAAAUGGACGAUCUGCCCGAUGAAGAUGUAGCCAAAGAUUUCUAUGCAAAGUAUGAGCCAAAGGAAGUGCUCGGAAGAGGUGUGUCCAGUACUGUCCGCAGAUGUAUCGAGAAGGAGACGGGUCGCGAGUUUGCCGCAAAGAUUAUCGACGUAUCCGCCGAUCUCGAGGACUCUCAGGGACUAACCCUUCGGGAGGCGUCGCUUCGCGAGAUCAAUAUCUUGCGUUUGGUUGCCGGCCAUCCGUAUAUCAUUGAAUUGCACGACGUGUUCGAGUCGAGUACUUAUGUGUUUCUGGUAUUUGAAUUAUGCAAGAAUGGAGAGCUCUUUGAUUAUCUGACAAGUGUUGUGGCCUUAUCUGAGAAGAAAACAAAAGCUAUAAUGAAACAACUGUUUGAAGGACUUCAUUAUAUUCAUUCAUAUAAUGUUGUGCACCGGGAUCUCAAACCGGAAAACAUAUUAUUGGACAACAAUUUGAAUAUAAAAAUAUCUGAUUUCGGUUUCGCAAAGAAUAUAUCGCCUAAAGAAAGACUUUAUGACCUGUGCGGAACACCCGGUUAUUUAGCACCCGAACUGCUCAGAGCUUCUAUGUAUGAAAAUUCUGAUGGCUAUGGAAAAGAGGUUGAUCUCUGGGCGUGCGGUGUCAUAAUGUAUACACUAUUGGUCGGCUUUCCGCCGUUUUGGCACCGAAAACAGAUGAUAAUGUUGCGGAAUAUUAUGGAAGGAAAGUACGAAUUCUGUAGUCCCGAAUGGGACGACAUUACCGAUCAGCCCAAAGAUCUGAUCCGCAAACUAUUAGUAAUUGAUCCAAACGAACGCAUUACGGCCAGUGAGGCGCUUAGGCAUCAUUUUUUUCAAACAGUGCGCGCCCGUGUCGGCGAAUUCAAUGCCCGCAAAACGUUUCAAUUGGCAAUAAUGGCCGUACGGGCAAUGAUACGAAUUACUAGACUGAAGUUAACACCGGAACCGUUGAGUAUCGAAAUAUUGCGAACCAAUCCGUACCGAAUUAAAACCUUAAGAAAGGCGAUAGACGGUUGCGCUUUUCGGGUUUAUCACCAUUGGGUCAAACGUGGCGAAGUCCAGAAUAGGGCCGCCCUUUUCGAGAACCGACCCAAAGUUGAGGUGAAAUAUUUAUAUCAACAAUCAAUUGUUAAUAUUACCACCACUUAGUGUAGUCAUCAUCAGUCACAUACACACACACACACACACACACACACACACAGUACAUACAUACACACACCGACAAUCAUUAUUAGGU